AUGGGAAAUGAACAAUCGACAGGAACUAGUUCGAAUACAUCAACAACUUCGAAAACACCAGUCUAUCAUCCAAAUAUAACUGUUGUUAAUUCUGGUCCAACAACUGCAACUGGUUCGAAUACAACAGCAUCAAAUUCAUCUGUAUUAGAUGAUAGUGAUUUAAAUAAAUUAGUAGCUAUUCCAAAAUUUUUACCUAUUCUUCGUUCAUCAAUUAAUCAACAAAAUGAUCCAACACAAAUACCACAUCUUGAGAAUGGACCGCUUUUACAAUUAUCUACACGUUUACAAAUACAUUUUCGUUUUUGUGCUGAAAUUGUUCAAAAUGAACAAACACAAAUAAUAAAUCGUAUGAAAGAAGUUGAUACACGUUCAAAUGCUGUACAACAACGUCUUAUUGAUAAACAAAAACGUUUCCAUGGAUAUUGUGAACAAUCAAAAAAAUUACGUGAUGUUGCAACAUCUUUAAAACGUCUUGAUCAAUCAUUAACUGAAUUAGCUAAUCGAAUGCGUGCAAUUAAUUUAUGUUUACCACCGGAUGAUCAAUUACCAACAUUAUCUUUUCGUAAUAAAUCAACAAUAUCUUCUUGUUAA